AUGAUCACGGAACUCUUCGACGCCGCCUGUGACAACUUCUGCCUGGUAAUCAAUACAAAGAUGACGGAUGUCAUACACCAACCGCUACCCAGCACAGCCCAUAAUGUGCCGCGAAUCAGCGUGAUCGGAACACAACUGCAAGUGGUAGACAGCUUCAGGCAUCUGGGCAGUACCCUCUCUCGCAGCACUAAAAUCGACGACGAAGUUGCCCGUCUCAUUUCCAAAGCCAGUCAAGCCUUCGGUCGCCUGCAGAACACCGUCUGGAACCGUCAAGGUCUUCAUCUCAACACGAAACUGAAGAUGUACAAGUCAGUGAUCCUGCAGACACUGCCAUACGGAGCAGAGAACUGAACGGUCCACAAGAAGCAGGCGCGAAGACCCAACCACUUCCACCUCAGCUGUAUUCGACGGAUACUGAAGCUGAUGUGGCAGGACCGGAUCCCCGACACUGACGUUCUGGAGCGGACGGAAGAUCUCAGCAUUUACGCCUUGCUGAUGCAACUGCAGUUGCGUUGGAGCGGCCACCUCGUGUGGAUGGACAAUGAGCGGCAACCCAAACGACUCUUCUAUGGAGAUGUCUCCACGAGCUCCUGCCGCCAAGGAGGCCAAAUCUGCCAGUAGAAGGACACUCCGAAGACCUCCCUGAGGCGUCUACAGAUCAACCCGGACAACCGGGAACACCUCGUCCGCGACUGACCGACCUGGAGGAGGACAAUGAAGACAGGCGGAGCGAUCUACGAGGCAAACCGCAUGGCCACCGAGAAUGCCAGACGAGAAGCUUGCAAAUCUCAGCUGCACCCAUCUCGCAACGCCGGCGGCCCACCGCCCCCAACGAGUCCACGGUGUCAGCAGAUAUUCCGAGCGCCAUUUGGACUUAUUGGACACCUACAGACCAACAGCAGCACUCGGAAUCCACCAACUGUCGUCUCACCGUCCAUCUGUCCUUCGCCUAUUUCACCGUCAACUAA